AUGAACGCCAUUGAACGCCUUGCCGUCUUUAGUGAGACCUUCACUGAUGAAGAGCAAACAUGGUUCGCAGUCAACCAAAUUUUGUUGUAUUUUGCUGAAGUUCGGACAAAGACCAACCCAUGGGACCUUGACGCGUUAGCUGAGGAAUGUCUGAACACCGUCCACGGAACAGUCAUCGCUAUGGGAGGGAAUAUUCAUUGGAACCACGAAAUUGAAUACGAAGAUGAAGAGGAGAAGGUUUAUCUGAGAGCUGAAAUGCUGAUUAAAAUUAUGAUGAUUUGCCGUGAAUCCAACGAAGAAGAUGAAGGAUUUGAAUCGGAUGAGGAAGCAGGAGAGGAAGAUCUGGAGGAGGAUGACAAUAAUGAGUGA